AUGGAAGAACAUACACCGAACUUUAAUUGCAUUGUCCUCAAUCGAGACCAAGAUACUAUAGGGAAUGUCAUUGUUCAAGCACUCUUGGAUUCAAACCAUGGUCCCCUUCCUCACAAUACUUGGGUGGAAGUGUCACAGCAAGAUUAUCCCGCAUCGAGCCAGCUCGUGGAAGCUAUCGAGCCGAAACAACAGUACUGGGCCGCUAUUGAGAUCCAUCCCAAUGCUACUCAGAAUUUCAUGCGUGCCCGUCGCGAAGGUGAUGCGUCUUGGGACCCUCUGAGCGUCAUGACUAUGUACUAUGCAUCGGCGCGAAAUUCUGUGGGAUUGCCGACUCUUAUCCUUUCUCCCACGCAGAGCGUCAUGGAAAAAGCUACCAACCAGCUCGGCCUGAACUUAACUUCGCAGUACCUGUCCGAAAUGGGCACUAAUUCAGCUGCGAUGCAGGCGCUUAGCCGCGCCCCGCAGACCCUAGUCCAACCUUUUGGCAUGCGUAUGGACGACAUACGACCUUGGACAACCAAUGUGGGUCUAGCACCUACAUUCGUUGGUAUGAUUUAUCUGGUGAUUCUUUCAUUCCAGGUUGUCCUGGCGGCAUUUAGUGGGCGACUAGCUGUCCAGCGGUACUUACAUUACCGUGGCCUGAUGACGCUUCGUUUGCUUACUACCUUUGUGUCGGCCAUUCCUAUCUCCCUAAUGAUUUCAUUACUGGACAUACCUUUUGAUUUGCCUUUCGAUGGAAACUUUUCGUAUGGAGGUGGCUUUAUGGUGUACUGGUUGGUCACAUACUGUGGUGUCUGUAUAUUCUCACUGGCCCUGGAAUCUGCGAUUACCUUUUUGACGCCCAAGUUCAUCGGUGCUUUUAUGAUCUUUUUCAUCAUCUCCAACGUGAGUGUUAGCAAUUUCCCCGUUGAGGCGGCGUCAUCCUUUUACUUGUAUGGAUAUGCGAUGCCGUUCUACAAUUUGCGCCAGGUGUACCUGGCGAUUAUGUUCCGAGUGGGAGAGCGUACGUACGAACUACUGACGAAAGGAUCGAGCAUUAUGAAAUAUGUUGGUAUCCUUUGGGCGUGGAUGGCAGGCAUCCUGCUGACGUACCCCAUCUUUGUAUGGCUCGACUAUCGCAAACGCCGCCGAAUUCACUUGACUUCGGAGGCGGCACACCGACCGACUGCAUAA